AGCGGGGAGAAUGAUGUAGUUUUUGUCCUUGCAGCAGGCUCACUUUAUGUUUUACAUUUUAGGAGAAGAACACUAGUUUUUUUGAAAACAAAAGAAAAUGGCGGACGACCUGGAGGUCGAGACGACCUCCUACCAGCGUCAAAAGGACGCUGGUCUGUUCCGCGACCCAGUCCCGGGCGUGAGGCCCGCGGGAAAGAGCACAUCCAUCUUCAACGACACCACCGAGCGAGAUCUGCAGUCGGAUAUCUACUUCCCCAGGCCACCAACGCCGCCAUCGCAGAGAAAGUAUAAUACCAAUAGGAUUUUAUUGUUUUAUUUGGGUCGUACGAGGAAGUGGAAGUCUGAAGAUCAUGCGGCUCUCGCUCUACUAGCGUGGUUUGGCUACUCAGUGGUAAAGUCGGUGAAAGGUUUUGUUUUCCAAGUUCGCUGCAACUGCUUACGCGGCAUUGCAACUUGUCAAAAAAUGGAUCAGGUUUCGCAAAAACUUAGUCCCGGGUGAGAUUCACGUUCACCACGGACUGUCGGACCAGAAGCUCCCAUAUGGAAGUGUCAGAAUCAAUCGAAAUUGACAAAAUCGAAAAAUUUGUGAUGCAGAAAAUCGAUGUCAGUUGGAGCCCCAGUUUUCAAGUGGCGGAUGACAAAUUUCGGGAGCACCCAAAUCCAGUCUGUCACUCUGUUUGGGCAAAGAAGACUGCCCCUGUCGUGCUACUCUGGGAGCACAUCGUCUUUCCCCGGACAGGCUUGCAAUCGGUCUCAUUUGCCUGCUUCCCAAUACAGGCCUUCAGUGUCCUACUUACAUUUUAUGCAUCACAAAUUUUCUCGUCGAUUUUGUCGAUUUCGAUCCCGACACAUCCAUAUCCCAUCCGAUGAUUUCCGAUACGGUAUUCACAGCGACAGGGGAGAAACCGUCGAACGAACGUUCAAGGAUGGUCUGCUGCUCGGGAUUGCAGCGUAGAAAGAUGUUUAUUUCGAGUUUAUUUUAGUACGAACCUUGAUCGUUGUGUAUGUGUACGUAGCUGCGCGUGAAGAGGAAGAAUUUGCUAGUAUAACCAACUUGAACUUCAUUUUUGAAGACACGACACAGUGACAUUCUCAUUAGUGCUUAUGCGUCGCAUCGCUUUUUCGUAUCCAUGUGUAGUUUUUUAGCAUCCAAUACGACCAAUACCGCAGAUACAAGAACCAAUGUGCGGAGUCCGUCUACAAGAGCACGAAAAUGGAACCUCUAUCAAAUGCAAAUAUGUCUGGGUCUGGAUGAUUGCAAGGUUUGUUAUGCAGGUUUUCCAUGCCCCGUGAGGUCUGGAAUGCAGGGCCUAGCAUGACAGAUUCGGUGAGGUCUUUGUCAUGCCUGUUCUGCAUGAGAAACCCCUUCGCACCUUGACCAAAAUUGGGCAACUCUUGACAGUCAUGCAACACAGCUUUUCGUUUGACCCACAGGAUGCAUUCCAAGGUUGCGACGUUUUUCCAGACCCAGACAUAUUUGCAAUGCAUAACCUCUGGGCCAUAGCUACGUGCGCGGUCACGAAUUACCUGGGCUUACGAAAGAGCAGAAGUUUGUAGGUAGAAAUCGUGGUGGACUACUUGCUACAAUUUUUGUAUAGCAAUCAUGAAUCCGAAUCCGCUGUAUCCAAGAACUCCGCACGCUGCGAUACCGACCGUUUUUGUUCUGUGCGUAAAAGUCAAUGUGAAACAAAUCUCUCUUCAGGCUUUGGCAAAGAGUCACUAGGGGCCGGCGAGGAUGGCAAGGAAAUUAUCUUUCCCCGAGGCGUCGAACCAGACACCAAGGAAAUCACGGAGUUAUAUCGGUUCACACACGGUAGAAAUUUAUUUCUAGAUAUGCAGCUUUAAUAUUUGCUGGAAGUGCUCUCAGUUUUUGGCUUGAUGUGACUUGCUUUUCUAAACUAUGCAUAAAUGGUGCGCAUCAUGUUGAUGAAAACAAAUCAAUGGGAAGAUUCUCAUCCUCGUUUCUUCAGGAAGUCGCGCAUGACAAAAAAUGCAGGUAAUUUCGGGCCGGGCGAGCAGGCCGACCGCAAAUACGCAUGGCCGCAGGCAAUAGAAGAUCCAGACUUCAGGUAUGGCGUCACAGAAAAAGACGCGGGCGGCGAGAAGGGCGGCGUAGCAGGUAUGGAGAAGUGAUAAUUUUUCUUGCGAUAUAAUACUUUGAUUGCUGCAUUAGUUAGUAUUUCUUCACGCAAGAGUGUUUCAACUUUCAAAUUGUGCUGCAAGAGUAAAAAAUAAAGGAAAAUCGUUCAACAACAGGCGCGCUCGACUGGACGCUAGAUGAGGCCGGCAAGAUGGCCAAGACCAGAAUCGGGAGGAAAACCUUAGCAGACUUCCGCGACGUGACCCACGAAAAGCUCGGAAAGCCAAGAAAUUACUGUCAGGGCACGCAUCCGGUAUAGGUUUCUGGUCUUUUGAUAGCGAAGUUCGUUGAUGAAUAUAAUGCACGGAGGACUUCUGUAGGAGGUGAAGACAUGCUUAUGCUGGCGCAGCGAUAUGAACUACACUGCAGUGCCUUUUAGAAGUACUUGUUCACAAAAAAAUGCCAACGACCCAGACGCCCGCCCGGGGAUUUGGCAUUGUGUCCGCGGGGGCGAAUGACACCGCGGCUAAGUGCAUGCAGGGAACCUACACGGACGCGGACAAUGUGCCGGACGCAAACCUGGGGAAGUGCACGAUCCCGGGAAGAACAAACGUGAGCAGGGAUCCGAAGAGGCUUAUCCUCUGUAAAAACGGGGCCCACAGCACCCCAGAGUUGUCACGGAGAUUUUCACGGACAGGAACAUUCGUGACGUGCAUCCCCAUGAUAUUUUUAAGCAUUUCCAGUCGGGUCGUUUUGGAACUUGUAAUGCUGUAAACAGAAUGAGGGUACUUGAGCAGUUGUAGCACAUGGAUUCAUUUGUAAUGCGGCUGUCGUCCUUGCCAACCUGCACUAAGAAUACGGACUGCGACUUGUGGUAAUGCGUGCCUCUGAAAACUUCUACUAGGCUUGUGUUGCUGCAAAAUCCCAUGUUGACUCUGGGGUAUAGGGACGUUUUCACUCAGGAUAAGGCUGUACGGCGUCCCAUCCGUCCGAAUCGACAUUCCGGCCCCGGACCCGGCCAAGCGCAGUUGCGCCGAUAUGCAGAACUACGGAGACGAGAUUGGCGCGGGACCGCUGCUGAACCCACAAAGGUACUGUGUUUGCAUGGCAAAAUUAUCUUCGUACCAGUAUGUAAAUAGAAAUCGCAUGACAAAUUCCCUCAGCAUGAAGAAUGCAAUUUGUAAUGCCGACUUGUUACCAUAAGAACAUUUUGAUUUGUACGACUACUACGAGCGCGGUACUAACAGGUUCGAGAUCAAGGGCAUUAUGGACUCGGAGUUUUUGGUAAGACGCGACCGGGAGGAGUGCCGUACUAUCUUGAAGGGAGCGGGUUACCAGUUCGAGCACUUUGAUCACAUGUUUGACGCGGCGCUGGAGCUUUUCGAUGACGGCAUUCCGCUGGUAUCGCUGGACGCCUUGCUCUUCCUGCAGGGCAACAAGAUCGAGCAGAAUGUCGAGCGUGCGAUCCGCGGAAGUUAAAAACUCUUCUUCGAUGUAAUAUUAGACUAGGGCGAAAUACAAAUAUUAAACUUCAUGAAGUCUUUAUGAACAUCACAACCUGCUCGCGCCGCCGCCGCUGUAGUGUAGGUGGAGUAUAGCAGGAUCUGCAUGAAGUUGCGCCCACUUUUGCAGUCUUGCUUCCUGCCGCAUCGCAGGAUUUAUAUAUUUCUUUCCUUUUGAACAAGAUGAACCUUUGAAACCGAAUAAUUGUCAGAAACGAUGAAACCUUGAGAUAGUACAACUCUAUGUCAGAAGAUUGAGAUCUUAAAUUUGCUAAUAUUCAACAAAAUUUCGAAAUCGCUUCCGAGAUUUCAGUUUGUAUGGAUUCUAAUCAGAGCUGAUUCGCACAAAUAAAACUGCCGAGAUUGUGCGGGUCGGAAAAGAUAUAGCUGAGAUAAUUACAGGUUACUUUACAAGAUAGGAAUAGCCGAAUGAAGGGAAUGUUAGACGAGACUAUGGAGGUCGUGCUCCUCGUGAGGUGCAUAGGAAGAUGGAUUCUUUUGAGCCACAACGAGAUUUGCUGGUCCUGUACAAAAAUAUUUGAACUCAAAAAAUCCAUCACGACGAGAAAAUGGCAACGCAGUUAACGAAAAAAAAUAUUACGGCAGUAAGGCCUACUUACUGUGCAGGCGCAUUUUUAGCAGGGUUUCCGACUGCUCAAUGAAGGAAUUG